AUGGCUCAUCCAGGUGACGCAACUAUUCCAGUUCCAUACAUUUCAAAACUUGGUGCUAAAUUGCAGCCUGGUCAAACACUUGUCAUUCACGGUAGUAUCGAAAAUGAUGCAUCUGAAUUUGAAGUGAAUUUGUUAAAUGGCUCACCAAAUAUCGAAUCAUCAAAAGCUGCCAUUUUUCAUAUAAAAGUUUAUUUUAAGGAAAAUAGAUUGGUUUAUAACAGUUACGAGAAUGGUAAAUGGGGUAAAGAAGAAAAAUCAUCUAAUCCAUUCAAAAAGGGCGAUAAUUUUGAUCUUCGUAUACGAAUUCACGAGGAUAAAUUGGAAAUUUUUGGUAAUCAAAAAGAGCUUCAUAUUUAUAAAGCUCGUAUAAAUGUCAGUUCGGUUGAAUAUUUAACCAUUCGAGGAAAUAUCUCUUUGAAAGGUGUACAUUGGGGUGGUCGAUAUUAUACUUUACCAUUUGAAACACAAUUUCCGGGUGGUCAUCUAAAAGCUGACGAACGAAUUUACGUGUAUGGUAUUCCGAAAGGUGAACGUUUCGAGAUUGACUUUGUAUCAAGAAAUGGUGAUAUUCUAUUUCACUUCAAUCCACGGUUUAAGGAAAAGCAGGUAAUACGCAAUGCACAAAUUGGUAACAUUUGGGGACAGGAAGAACGUGAAGGAAUAUUUCCAUUUAAGAAGGAUAUUGGUACCGACAUUAUCUUGCAUAAUGCACCUUAUUCCAUUCAGAUAUUUAUUGAUGGUAAACGUUAUGGUACGUUUGCUCAUCGUACAAUAAAACCUGAUGAAGACUAUAUGGCUCUUCGAAUAGCUGGAGAUUUUGAGUUAACAGGAAUGGAAUUCACGAUAUAA